GCGGCCGUCUGCCGGUGUGUAGCCGGCGCCUGCGCAUGGGCAGCCUACCGGACCUGACGGAGCGCUCGCGGCCCACGCCGGUCCGGGCCGCAGUGCGGACCGUGUCCGAUCCGCACCGACACCGGACUAUUAUCACACAGAUACCAGUGAGCACAAUAUAUAAGAAAGAAUGGCCAUGGAAGAAGCCGAAAACUCCGAUCCGUGUGACCGGCUCCUGCAUCGGUCCACGUCGCCGCGACUCUGCUGCCUCAUCAGUGGGGGCUGCAUCAGUCCGGCGCCUCCUGGCCAGACAACCGCCAAAGCUGCCGAAACCCCUAGUCACAAGAUUUACCCUCCUAUGCCUUUCAAGUGGGCUGUGCGCGACAGGACUACUCCCCUUUACAGCGUUCGCUGGCGCAGAAGCUGGGGCCAUGCCCCUUGCCAUCAUGCACAGCCUCGCUGCCAUCGUAGCUCCUUUCUCUCCUCUCAUUCUGCAAAAAACAGGAACGAGACUAGUUAUCGCAAUCGCACACACUCUCGUCUGUGUGCUACUCACUGCUCAUACAGUAGAAACCCCACUUCCAGUUUUACUGGCUUUGUACGGCAUUUGUGGAGUUACUUUGUCUCCAAUGUCGUUAGCUCUUUCGGCAUCAGCGACGUCAUUAGCGCAGGCAGCUGGCGAUGAGGCUAGAAGAAAAGUAGCCCUACGACGAGCUUUGAGAGCAUUACGAGCGGCCCAAGACCUGGGAUUAGUAGCCGGGUCGCUGCUCUUAGGUAUAGCGUUGACGAUUUGGUCAGAAGAGAUCGCCCGCCCCUCCACACCGGCACCAACUAAUGUCUCAGUGCCGCGGUGGCCGCCACCUGAAGAAUACUUUUUAGAAGAUGAUUAUGAGGAGCGCACAUGUGGGGCUGCCGGUUGUCCAGACAUGCAAACCCUCUCAGGUACAGUCCUGAACGCUGAAGGCAGAAGGUUGCUGGUCGCAGUGUGGGCCUUCCUGGCUCUGCUGUCAGUGGGGCUGGGCGUGUACGGGGCGUCGUCAGCGCCGGCGCCGCCGCCCGACGCGCGCUCCAUCAUCAGAGAUCCGCGGGCGCUGCUCGGCGCACCCAUGGGGCUAUUCAUAGGACUUCAACAGGGCUUUAUUUAUACAUCAUAUAUUAAGUGGUACGGCGUGUGCGUGGACGGCUGGUGGUGUGCGUGGCGCUCGCUGUGCGGGGCGGGCGCGCUGCAGGCGCUGGCGGCGGGCACGCUCUCCAUGGCCGCGGCCCGGGGCCGGCGCGGGGCGCUGGCGGCUGGCGGCGGGGCGGCACACGCGUCCCUCGUGCUGGCGCUGCUGCGCUGGAGGGCCGCCAAAACGGACCUAGCUCUACCUGCGCUAGCGGCUGCCGCCUGGGGAUCCUGCUCCGCACUCUGGGAUGUUCUUCAGGCUGGCACAUGUAUCGGCGGUCCGGGCUGGCGCGGGCCGUGGGCGGUGACGCUGUGCGCGCGGCACGUGGGGCUGGCGCUGGCGUGCGCAGCGCGGCAGCUGCUGUGCGUGCGCGAGCAGCUCGCCGGCCUGGCCGCCGCGCUUGUGACCGCGCUGGCGGCACACACCAUGCUCGAGCUUAGAAUGAGGAGAGGUAGCUUCCACUAUGCUCUUCAUUAUGUUAUGUAACGGUUUACAUUCUUGUAUCUCAGAGGUCAAUUCGAACGACUAGUUUUCUACGCGACCGGACUGAACCUUCUGCAUUUUUACUAACAUUAACGAUAACUGGAAUACCAGAAGACCGCAAAUGUAU